AGCAGCGUGGAGGUGUAAGUGUGGAAGGCGUGACUUCGUGUCAGUUCAGCUUUAUGAAGAAAGUGCGCUUCUCCUGAGCUCACAGAGGUGCGUCCAGCGUUCAGGAGUCCUCACAACUCUCAGAUCCGGGGUUCCUCCACCCGGGCAAGCAGCGCUCAUUAGGUUUGGGAGAUACUGGUUUUUUUUGUUGUUUGUUUGUUUUUGUUUUUUUACUUUUUUUUUUUUUUAACUUUUUUCAAAAAAUAUCGAUUUUAAAGUUUGGAGGUACUUUCCCUUUUUCUUUUUUGCAAGUGAAGUCCCCCCCCCCCUCCUUUUUUUUCCUCCUCACUGCAUGAAAUACGCUUGGAGCUGCGUGACGAGGCCCCCUUGUUCCAUAUCACAUCCUGACUUGGAGUGGUGGUCGUGGUGGUGGUGUGGGGGGUCUGCAGAAUACUCCCCAUGGAUUUCGCCAACGACUUUGACUUCAUGAAGUUCGGCGUCAAGAAGGAGACCAUGCAGAGCCUUGAGCGCUCCUUCAUCGGGCCGUGCGGCCAGCUGCAGAGACCGGACUCCGUCUCCUCCACCCCGGGCAGCACGCCUUGCAACUCGGUCCCCUCGUCGCCAAACGUCAACCCGAACGAGCAGAGAACCAACCCCGGGAGCGACCAGUUCUGGAUACCCAACAACAACGGCGGGUACCCUCACCAGAUGUACCCCCAAGCCUUCGGCCUGACGCCCGAGGACGCGAUGGAGGCCCUAAUAGGGGCCACGACGCAGCAGGGACACCCGUCUGCGCCCCACGGCCACCACCCGCAGUCCUACCAGCCGGACUACGACGGCUACGGCCACCUGAGCGACCCCGUCCAGCACUACCCGGGCCUCCCGGGUCACCCCGACCUGCAGGGCAUCCCGGGCAGCCAUUGCCCGGACGCCUAUCUGAAAGACGAAAUGGGGAGCGAGUCCCCGGAGUCGCCGGAGGCCCAGCAGGUCCUCGGGGCCCACCACCACCACCAGCUCCAGCCGCCGCACGGCCGCCACGACCGGCGGUCCAACGCGGAGACGCACUUCUCGGACGAGCAGCUGGUCUCCAUGUCCGUCCGGGAGCUCAACCGGCUACUGCGGGGCCUGAGCAAGGAGGAGGUGAUGCGGCUGAAGCAGAAGCGCCGGACCCUGAAGAACCGGGGCUACGCGCAGUCGUGCCGCUUCAAGCGCGUGCAGCAGAAGCACAUCCUGGAGCACGAGAAGACGAGCCUGGUGACGCAGGUGGAGCAGCUGAAGCACGAACUGAGCAGGCUGGUCCGGGAGAGGGACGCGUACAAACUCAAAUGCGAGAAGCUGUCCGGUGCGAACUGCUUCCACGAAACCGGCUCCACCAGCGACAACCCUUCCUCACCAGAGUAUUUAAUGUGAGUUAGUCAUUUAAAACAACAACAGCAACAGAAUUCAUCCUCAUCAUUGAGACGCAGUGACUGAAAUAAUAGUUUAAAACAACACAAACUAAUGAGAAUGAGUGGGGGGGAGGUAUGGGGGGGGGGGGGGGGGUUGCAGUGAUGCAUGCAUGCUGGUCAUGUAUGAGAUGUUUUUAUUUUAUACUGCCAUAGCUUAUCUGUAUUUUGUCUGAAAGGAAAUACUUGAAAUCAGAUUUGCUUUUAUUAGCAUCCAUGUAAUCAUUUAGUUAAUGGUUCAUUUUUAUUGAGGUGAUUUUUUUCUCUCUCUCUCUCUGCUUUUCUUUUUAUUGCUCAAAUCAUGGUUUGUGUUUUUGCUUGUUUUAUUUUGGGGGGUUGGGGUUCAGGGGGGUUUGUUUGGGUGGGAGAGAAUGAAUUACUGAAACAAGUCAUACUCUGCGAAUUGGAUUCUGCUGGACAGUAUCAGCCUUUCUUCCAAAAAAUAUCUAAUUAUGCAAAAUAUAUAUAUGUAGGGUUUUUUUCUCCAUCUAAUACCUGUUUUUUUUUAUUUGUUGUUUUGUUUUGGGUUUUUUUUUUUUUUGUCUUUUUCAUUUAUUUGGAUCAAUAAACCUAAUCUGACAGUUUAACUUUGAGUCUUAUCUGCAGACAAAUCAUUUUCCUGCUCUUAACCAUCGCUACCGUGCAACAUCACCUCACACUCUUCCUCAUCUUUGUCGCCUUGUCAGAUUAGUUUGCCACAGAGAUGCACCGACUGUUUGGUGUUUGUUUUAUUCUUUUUGCCGAUACCGACGUCCAGUUUUCCUUUGAGGUCCGAUCUGCCGAUAUUGCUGCCACAACACGACCGAGUAAGUUUUAUUCCCACUCAAAAAGUGCGUGAAAGAAAAGAGAAGCUGCGAGCCGAUGUUUUAUGGAGCAGAAAUGAUGCAGGAUGUAGUUUUUUUUUAGUGUUUCAGAUGUUGGUUAUUGAUUAUUUUCCCCUAGGAACUAAUACUCAUUUAAAAACAUGUAAUGGAGUCCUUUUUGAUAGCAUAAAAAACGAAUAAGUUGCGAGAUUAUUUCUCAUUUAUGCUGAUUUUAAUAAA